AAGGUUGUUUUUUUUUCUACUCCUUUUUUAUUCUACUUUUUCUUAAUACACAAUGAUUGUUGAAGAGCAACACCAACAGCCAUUUCAAUUUGCACCACAGACAGAUGAAUACACUCAGCUACUAACUGAACUUCAUGAAAAAUACUGCUCUGAGCAGCCUUCGGAUCCUUUACAGUUUUGUUGCAACUUCUUUCUACGUAAACUAGAAGAACAGCGAAGAGCUUACAGACACAAUAUCGUACAACAAAAUAAUCAUACCUUUUCCCCUAAUGACAAUGAUAUCCAUCCUCUAUGUGAACAACAAGAACAGAUAAAUAAUAACAGCAAUAUCAGCAGUAAUCCUUUUGACUGGAAUAAUGGAGAACAGGACGGCCAAGAUGACGAAUUUGAAGACGAGGAACAAGAUGACUUUUUCACUGAGCCAUUACCUUCUCUACCACCUACCAACUACAAUCGUGGUCGACGUACGUCUGUCAGCGCGGAAUCCAUGGCACCUACUCAAGAUUUUGUCAAGGUAGUCAUUCCCAAAACUGAAGCACAGGCAGAACGUAUUAAAGUUAGCAUUGGCAAUAAUUUCUUAUUUCGCAACUUGGACGAGGAGCAAUAUCAGGACGUGGUAAAUGCGAUGGCGGAAAAACGUGUUGAGAGUGGAACAAUAGUGAUCGAACAGGGCGCAGUAGGAGAUUUCUUCUAUGUGGUAGAGUCAGGCACCUUGGAUUGCUUUAUUUCAGGUAAUAAGGUGACCAAUUACGAAGCAGGAGGUAGUUUUGGUGAGUUGGCACUCAUGUACAAUGCUCCUCGUGCUGCUACUAUCGUCGCUACAUCGGAUUGCGUCCUCUGGGCCUUGGAUCGCGUUACUUUCCGAACAAUAUUGAUGGAAAAUACAUCUCGAAAGAGACGCAUGUAUGAAACCUUUCUGUCUGAAGUCGCUCUUCUUAAAUCACUGGAACCUUAUGAAAGACAUAAAAUUGCUGACGCACUUGAAUCAGUGUACUUUGAAAACGGUGAGGAGGUAGUUAAACAGGGGGAUAUAGGAGAUCAAUUCUAUAUUAUCGAAUCAGGUGAAGCAGUUGUGUUAAUGACAGACCCUUCAUCAGGAGAAACAAAACAAGUCAAUAAAUUGGAGCGAGGCUCUUAUUUUGGCGAAUUGGCCUUAUUAAAUGAUAGUCCAAGAGCUGCCACUGUCAUUGCUCAUGGUAGACUUAAAUGUGCAACCCUUGGAAAGAAAGCAUUCACCCGUCUUUUGGGGCCUGUGUUAGAUAUCUUGAAACGUAAUUCAGAAAACUAUCAUGCAAUCAUUAGUCAACAGUCAUAGAUUUCCACCCCCUUUUUUUUAUAUAUUUUUGAAAUAAAUAUAUACAUUCCUUUAACAACAAAAAGAGAGAGAGAGAGAGUUGAAAAUCAAUACUCUUGAUUGUUCUUGACAUGAAGAUAAUGUAUGCACAAUAUGAAAGGGUCCGUUGCAUUGCCAAAAAGAAGCAGGUCUGUUUCUUUAAUGCAUCAUCAAUUGAUAAAAAAAAAAAAUAAGC